CCCGCCCUCGUUUCCCUUCGUUUUUUCAUACUGGACUUGGAAAUGUGCUCCCCCAGCUCUGACUCUUUCACAGUGAUGGGACAGUGAGGAUGUGAGAGUACGAGAGUCUUGCGCGGACUUUGUUUUUUUUACGUUUAAUUCCCCCUUCACUGAUUUAGUCUUUCUUUAACCUGUUUUUUGCCAUGUUGCGGGUUGUUGUAGAGUCGGCUAAAAGUCUGCCUAAAAAGAAGCUUGGAAGUCCUGAUCCAAUUACGUCUGUGAUUUUUAAAGAUGAGAAGAAAAAAACAAAAUCAAUUGACAGUGAGGUGAAUCCUGUAUGGAAUGAGGUGCUUGAGUUUGAUCUGAAAGGCAUUGCACUGGACUCCAGCUCCUACAUAGACGUGAUUGUGAAAGACUAUGAAACCAUUGGGAAAGACAAAUUCCUUGGAUCAACAAAAAUCACUUUGAGAGACCUUGCCUCAGGUCAAGUGAGAUCACUGCCAUCCAGAAAUGUGCCUUUGGUCAAUGAAAGUGGACAGAAUAUUGGAGCCACAAUCAACCUUGUGAUUGGCUAUGAUCCCCCUGCCAAUGCUGCAUCAAACCCCAAUGAUCCUCAAGCUGGAGAUGCUACAUUGGGUGCUGGCGGUGGCGGUGCUGGUGAAGAGGGUGAUCAGACUCUACCAGAUGGUGGUCAAAGUAGCUCUGCAGGGAGGCCCUCAUCCACUGGUCAGACUGUUAACCUCCGCCAGCGGCUGGCCAGGGCACAAAAUCGCCACCGACUGGUCAAUAAACCUCAGGACUUCCAGAUCCGUGUCCGGAUCAUCGAGGCCCGUCAGUUGUCUGGAAAUAACAUCAAACCAGUGGUGAAGGUCAACGUCAACGGACAGACCCACAGGACAAGGAUCAAGAGGGGAAACAACCCCUUCUUUGAUGAGAUGUUCUUUUACAAUGUCCACAUGCUACCAUCAGAUCUGUUUGACCAGAACUUUAGCUUCCGGGUGUAUGAUUCCUAUUCACUUAGGGCAGACAGUCUGAUGGGGGAAUUCAAGCUGGACAUUGGUUAUGUUUAUGAUGAGCCAGCCCACUGUGUCAUGAGGAAGUGGCUUCUGCUGAAUGACCCAGAUGACUCCAGCUCUGGUGCUAAAGGCUACCUCAAAGUCAGCCUCUUCAUAGUGGGGACUGGAGAUGAGCCUCCGUUGGAGAAGAGGGAUUCUAAUGAUGACCAGGAUGACAUAGAGAGUAACCUGCUGCUACCGGCUGGUGUGACUCUGCGAUGGGCUACCCUGUCUCUGAAGGUGUUCAGAGCUGAGGACAUUCCUCAGAUGGAUGAUGCAUUCGUUCAGUCCAUGAAAGAAAUGUUUGGAGGAGAUAAAAACAAGAAGAACCUGGUAGAUCCUUUCAUAGAGGCUCGCUUCGCAGGCAGAAAGCUGUGUACUCAGAUAAUUGAGAAAAAUGCAAACCCUGAGUGGAACCAAGUACUGAACCUCCAAGUCAAGUUCCCCUCCAUGUGUGAGUCUGUCAAACUGACAGUCUUUGACUGGGAUCGUUUGACAGGGAAUGAUGCUAUUGGCACCACAUACCUGAACUUGGCCAGGAUAGCCUCCUCUGGUGGAGAGAUAGAAGCUAACACAGGGGAGUCUGAAGUGGGUUUCCUACCCGUCUUUGGGCCCUGCUAUGUCAACUUGUAUGGCAGCCCUAGAGAGUUCACCGGGCUGCAAGACCCCUAUGAGGAUCUCAAUUAUGGCAAGGGAGAAGGAGUGGCAUACAGGGGCAGGAUCCUGGUCGAGCUGUCCACUAAGCUAGAGGGGAAAGUAGACAAAACAGUUGACGGUAUCCAUAGUGACGACAUCCUGGUGGCACAGAAGUACCAGAGGAGGAGGAAGUACUGUCUGUGUGCAGUCUUCCACAGCGCCUCCAUGAUUCAGGAACCUGGAGAACCAAUCCAGUUCGAGGUCAGCAUCGGUAACUAUGGCAACAAACUGGACACCACCUGCAAACCACUGGCCUCCACCACUCAGUAUAGCUGUGCUGUAUUUGAUGGUAACCACUACUAUUACCUGCCCUGGGCAGAUACUAAGCCAGUGGUAAUUGUUACUUCAUUCUGGGAGGACAUCAGCCACCGCCUGGACUCUGUCAACAUCAUCCUCUAUAUUACUCACCGCCUGCAAUCCAACCUGGAAGCAUUAAAAACUGCCAUCUUGGCAAAAGUCUCUGACAACCAACUAGAAGAGAUGUGGAUGAAGUUGCUCAAUCAGCUGAUUGAAGACCUAGAAAGUUUCCCAACACCAGAGCUGGAGGGCCGCUCCAACCUGACAUCUCUGGACAUCCAAAUCAAAAAGCUGCGAGACAGCGCUUUGACUACCAUAAAGGAAGGAGCCAGACGCAUGACAGAUGUCAUGGACAUCAGAGACACUCUGUCUGACAUAGAGUCCUGGGCAGACAAACUUAAAAUGUUGGCUGAGGAGCCCCAGAACAGCAUGCCUGAUGUGAUCAUCUGGAUGCUUCGGGGUGAGAAGAGAGUGGCCUACAGUCGCAUCCCUGCUCACCAAAUCCUUUUUUCCACAUACAGUGAGCAAGCCUGUGGUCAACACUGUGGCAAGACACAGACUAUCUUUUUGCAGUACCCCAUUGAUAAGACCAAGGGCUUAAAGGUGCCGGUUCAGAUUAGAGUCAACAUGUGGCUGGGUCUAUCUGCACUUGAAAAAAAGUUCAACUCCUUCUCUGAGGGAACAUUCAGUGUGUUUGCUGAGCUGUACGAGAACCAGGCCAAGGUGUUUGGGAAUUGGGGGACCACGGGACUGGUGGGGCGCCACAAAUACUCAGAUGUAACAGGCAAACUCAAGCUGAAACAGGAGUACUUCAUGCCCCCCAGAGGAUGGGAGUGGGAGGGCGACUGGGGGAUUGACCCAGAGAAAGCUCUGCUAACAGAGGCAGAUGCAGGACACACUGAAUUCAUGGAUGAGGUGUUCCAAAAUGAGACUCGUUUCCCUGGUGGAGAGUGGAAGGCUGCCUCCGAGCCCUUUACCGAUGUGAAUGGAGAAAAGAGCUGUAACCCUGGAGAGUUUGAUUGUCCUCCAGGUUGGAUCUGGGAGGACGAGUGGACUGUGGAUGACAACAGAGCUGUGGAUGAACAAGGCUGGGAGUAUGGAGUGACCAUACCUCCAGAUGACAAGCCCCGGUCCUGGGUCCCUGCAGAGAAGGUGUACCAUGUCCACCGCAGGAGAAGGCUGGUUAGGCCACGCAAGAGAGCUUCACUCCCUGCAGGAACAACUGUGGAGAGACGGGAUCAAGGUGACACUGAGGGAUGGGAAUUCUCUUCUCUGAUUGGCUGGAAGUUCCACAGGAAGGAGCGUUCAUCAGAUACAUUUCGUCGAAGACGCUGGAGGCGGAAGAUGGGACCAGAGGACCGCCUUGGAGCAUCUGCCAUCUUUCAACUGGAGGGUGCAUUGGGUGUUGACACUGAGGAAAAAGAGAGAGGCUCGAAGGUUGAUACCACCAGGCUGUUUGGUGCCAACACACCCACUGUGUCCUGCUCCUUUGACAGGUCAUAUAUGUACCAUCUCCGUGUCUACGUCUAUCAGGCACGAAACUUGACAUCUAUGGACAAAGAUAGUUUUUCUGAUCCCUAUGCACAUGUCUCCUUCCUGCAUGUUAGUAAGACAACAGAGAAGCUGCAAGCAACGCUGAACCCAACCUGGGACCAAACUCUGAUUUUCAAUGAUGUGGAGAUUUAUGGAAACCCCCAGAACAUUGCUAACCACCCCCCUGGUGUUGUGCUGGAGUUCUUCGACAAGGAUCAAGUUGGGAAGGAUGAGCUGCUGGGCCGUAGCGUUUGCAUCCCAAUGGUGAAAUUGAAUCCAGCCAUGGAUCAGACGCCUAAACUUCUGUGGCAUCCCAUCAUCCAGAAGGGACAGAAGGCAGGGGAGGCACUGGUGGCUGCUGAACUUAUCCUUAAAGACAAGUCGGGUGAGUCGGAUCUUCCUCUGAUUCCCCCAAAGAGAGCAGAGAACCUCUACAUGGUUCCACAGGGCAUCCGACCUGUGGUGCAGCUCACUGCUGUGGAGAUUCUGGCAUGGGGUUUGAGGAACAUGAAACCUUACCAGCUGGCCUCAGUGUCUUCACCCAGCCUGGUGGUGGAGUGUGGGGGGCAGAGGGUGGAGUCAGCUGUCAUCAAGAACAUGAAAAAGAGCCCCAACUUCCCCGGCUCUGUCCUCUUCGUCAAAGUGCUGCUUCCAAAGGAUGAGAUGUACACACCUCCCAUUGUGCUGAAGGUGAUCGAUCACCGUCCGUUUGGCAGGAAGCCUGUGGUGGGUCAGUGCACCAUCACUUCUUUGGAGGAGUUCAGAUGUGACCCAUAUGUCAUCACUGCAGAGGGAGCCAUGUCUUCCAAAAUGGCCUUGAUGAUGGCUUCCCCUUCCAAACAUGUGUCUAUUAACAUGGAGGAGUCGAGACCACUGUUAGAAGCUCAGUUCAUGUACAGCAUGUCAGCUGCUGUCAACAAAAUGGCUUCUCCUACCUCCCACUUUCAUAUAGAAAAGGAAAAAGAGACAAUUGAUUGGUGGAGUAAAUUCUAUGCUUCAACUGGAGACCAGGAGAAAUGUGGCCCUUACCUCAAGAAAGGAUAUGACACCCUCAAAUUGUAUGAAUGUGAACUGGAGGAUGUCCCAGUGUUCGAAAGGCUGACAGAUUUCUGCAACACCUUCAAACUGCAACGUGGCAAGAAUGAAAAUGGAGAUGAUGACCCCACAGUGGUUGGAGAGUUCAAGGGUUCAUUCAAGGUGUACCCUCUGCCGGACGACCCAGGUGUUGCUCCUCCUCCCCGGCAAUUCAGACAGCUGCCUGAUAGUGGACCUCAGGAGUGUCUAGUCAGGAUUUAUGUGGUCCAGGCCAUGGAUCUGCAGCCCAAAGACAAUAACGGCAAAUGUGAUCCAUACAUAAAGAUAUCACUAGGAAAGAAUACGAUUGAAGACAGAGACCAUUACUUACCCAACACGAUCAACCCUGUGUUUGGAAGGAUGUUUGAGAUGACCUGUUUCCUGCCCCAGGACAAGGACCUGAAAAUCUCUGUCUAUGACUAUGAUCUCCUGAGUUGUGACGAGAAGGUCGGUGAGACAGUAAUUGACCUGGAGAACCGCUUCCUGUCAAGAUAUAACUCCUACUGUGGCCUGCCACAAACAUACUGCAUUUCUGGUAUUAACCAGUGGAGGGACCAUCUGAAGCCAUCUCAAAUCUUGGAGAACCUGGCCCGUCUAAAAGGCUUAUCCAAACCCAGGACUGAAGACAACGGCACCUCACUCACCUUCAAUGGCAAAGACUACACACUGGCUCAGUUUGAGAACAACAAGGAAAUUCAUCAACACUUGGGUCCGGCCCGAGAACGACUCUGUCUGCAUGUGCUCAGAACACAGGGACUUGUGCCAGAACAUGUGGAGACCAGGACUCUCUACAGCACCUUCCAGCCCAAUCUCUCUCAGGGAAAGCUUCAGAUGUGGGUGGAUGUUUUCCCAAAAAGCAUUGGCCUACCUGGGCCUCCCUUCGACAUCACUCCACGAAAGCCUAAGAAGUAUUUCCUGCGUGCUGUCAUCUGGAACACCACAGAUGUGACUUUAGAUGAGACGAGCAUCACUGGGGAACACAUGAGUGACAUCUAUGUCAAAGGCUGGAUGCCAGGCAUGGAGGACGACAAGCAAAAGACUGAUGUCCACUACAGGUCUCUGGAUGGAGAUGGUAACUUUAACUGGAGGUUCACCUUCAGCUUUGACUACCUGCCUGCUGAACAACUGUGUCUUGUGUCCAGGAAGGAGAACUUUUGGAGUCUUGACAAAACAGAGUUCAGGAUUCCCCCUAAGUUGAUUGUUCAAAUAUGGGAUAACGACAAAUUCUCAUUGGAUGAUUACCUUGGCACACUGGAGCUGGAUUUGUGUAACCUGGUAGCUCCUGCGAAGACUCCAGAGAAGUGUUCUCUGACGAUGAUGGAUGUUCUGGAAAUGGGAGCCCCACACAAGACAGACCACGCCAAGUCUCUGUUUGCACAACAGUCAGUCAGAGGCUGGUGGCCCUGUUCCAUUGAACAGGAUGGGAAGAGAGUCCUGGCCGGCAAAGUGGAAAUGACAUUGGAGAUUGUAAGUGAAGCAGACGCAGAUGAGAGACCUGCAGGAAAAGGCAGGGAUGAACCCAACAUGAACCCAAAACUGGACCCUCCCAAACGGCCAGAGACGUCCUUCUUCUGGUUCACCAACCCAUGUAAGACCAUGAAGUUCAUUUUGUGGAGAAGGUUCAGGUGUCUCUUCAUCGGACUCAUCAUCCUCAUCAUAGUGCUUCUCUUCCUCGCCAUCCUGUUGUACUCUUUACCGAACUACAUAUCAAUGAAGAUAGUAAAGCCUCUAAAAUAACUUUACACUGGAGGAGGACCAGUGGAGCUGUACAAGACAAUUCAAAAGUGUACAGGAUCACACUAACUGACCACGACUAC